GUUAUGCAACGCCACCGAUGUACGGUGACUAUGAGGCACAGAGGCAUUGGAUGGAGAUCACUUAUCAUCUUCCAAUCACUCAGUGGUAUGUAAAUGGAAGUAAUAACGAUCUGAACUAUUGGGGAUUGGAUUAUCCGCCGCUUACUGCUUUCCACAGCUGGCUUCUUGGAGCCAUAUCUGACAAGCUGAAUUCCAGUUGGGUUGCGCUGCACUCAUCGAGAGGAAUCGAAACUGACUCUCACAAGUUCUUCAUGCGACUGACUGUUUUAGCCUCCCACUGGACAAUAUAUGUACCGUCCCUGUUACUUUCAAUCGGUUUUUCCAGAAAAAUGUCCUACACUAUGGUUAGUUGCUCGUUCAUUCUAAUUUGUGAAAAAAAAAAGUGUUGAAA